UCCUCUUUCGUGGAGGUUACUGACAUCAUUUCCUUAUGAAAGAGUGUUCCAACCCAGCUUCUACAGAAGGUGUGGUGCACGUUGGAAACUUGCUAAAUCCAGUUCGGAAUUGGACUACCUUAUCAGCUUCACCACACCGUUAGAAUGGCAACUGUAUGGGAUGAACUGGAUCUCUUGCUUGACUCCCCGUCUUCGCUGACAACCACGUCUAAUGUCAGAGGGACGAUUAAAGACAGCGCUGGCUUCAAUGCAGGCGCAGAUGCAGCGGCUAUACGGAAGGCCAUUGAAGGCAUUGGCACAACUGAGAAGACUCUGAUCGAUAUUUUAACCCAGAGAAGCAAUGCCCAGCGCCAGCUCAUCAGUAAAUCAUACCACGAAGCAACAGGGAAGAACCUCAUUGAUGACCUAGAAGGAGACACCCAUGGUGAUUUUGAAGACCUGUUGGUUGCACUUGUGACACCCCCAGCAGCCUAUGAUUGUCAUGAAUUUCUCGGUGCUGUAAAGGGAGCUGGAACAACAGAAAGCACUUUAAUAGAAAUUUUUGCCUCAAGAUCUAACAAACAACUUAAGGCCCUCUCUGAUGCAUAUUUAGCAGAAACUGGUAAGCCAUUGAUUGAUCGCAUCAAGUCAGAAGUAUCAGGGGACUUUGCCAAGGCCUUACUCAUCUUGGCUGAAGGAAAGAGAGAUGAGAGCACACAGGUGGAUAUGGGGAAAGCCAAAACGGAUGCAAAGACCCUCUAUGAAGCUGGGGAGAAGAAGUGGGGGACAGAUGAAAGCAAGUUCAUUGACAUCCUGUGCCACAGAAGUGUGCCUCAGCUGAGACAAACACUGGUGGAGUACAAGAGCAUAAGUGGCAAAACCCUUCAGCAGAGCAUUGAGGGUGAAAUGUCAGGAAAUUUGGAGGAUCUGCUGGUGGCCAUUGUAAAAUGUGUUAAAAGUGUCCCAGCGUACAUGGCUGAAAGGCUCUUCAAAAGCAUGAAGGGAGCGGGAACCGAUGAGGCCACUCUGAUUAGAAUAAUGGUCAGCCGCUCAGAGAUUGACAUGUUGGACAUCAGGGCUGAAUACAAAAAGCUGUUUGGCUAUUCGCUCCACUCCAGCAUUCAGUCAGAAACCUCUGGGGACGUUCGUACAACUCUGCUGAAGCUCUGUGGGGGAGACGACGCCUGAGCCAACCACUGGCAUUCAUAAACAAAACGUUUUCAAUAAAAAAAUGAAGACACGUUUAUUGAGAUAAUGUUGCAAUGGGUGAAUGCUGUUGUCCCAACAAAUCAAAGUAACAUUAUCAAGUUGCCUUUAUUUCAAGACAAAUCAUUUUCAACUCCUUAUCCAAACCUUUUGACUGAAAUGUUAUUUUACCAUAUUUGUAUGCUAGAAUUUAGCAAAGAUUUAUAAGAAUUAAUUUCAGGCUGAUUUUCUAAGACAUUAUCUAUGCUCUUUUACUUUGAUUUGAUUGUUAUAAAAUAAAUGAAAAAAAAAAUGUAAACCAAGUAACCACUAAUUGUAAAUUGUGAUUAAAGAAGUAAAGGAAUAUAAUUGUUAAAUCAUAUGUACAGCAGGUGGCAGUCUUGGUUAAACAUAAAUAAAUCAUGACCACCUCCAACAAAUUGAAUUUUGUCAAAGAAAAUUAUGCCUAUGCAGAGCUAGAGGAUUUGUAAUAUCACUAUGCUGUUUGAAGACUAUAUCCAUGGAAAGUUGCUUGUAAUAAGGCAUGUAUUGUAUAGCAUUACACUUCAUCCUUCACUGAGCAUUAAGGUUAUGUGAAGUCAGUCUCACAAUGAUUUAUUAAUGAGUGCAUUCAUUUUAUAUUCCAAGGAUAACCCUCUGUAUACAGAUAAAAGCAGUAUAAGUCUCA